CUUCAAGACGGCUUGGAUUGAUGGUAUCUGCCAAUUCCCCGCGCUUCGAGUGGUUUACCAAUUGCUUGGUGUAUCUGAAUAACCUUCUGGCUUUGAUUUUAAUUUCAUAUUGAACAUUUCUCAUCCACAAUGCCUCCCAGGCUUCGUCUUUCGAGCGCCCGGGUUCCUCAACCUGUCCGGAGUCAAAGGCUUCUCUGCCAAUAUGAACUCCCUAUCGCGUUGCGAUAUGCCAGUACCGCUGCGACCGUUACGACUCCGGCUCCGUCAAUCGAUCAGAUGACCGUGUCUGCUCCCUCCAUCGCUAGAACUCCUUCCUCCCAACCUCCGUCACACCGCAACCCCGAGUAUCGACGCUCGCAACUUCUCCGGCAAUACACCUCUCUUAUUCGCACCACCCCUCUUAUGGUCUUUCUCCAACACGAUAAUCUUCAGUCAGUGGAAUGGGCUGCAAUCCGUCGGGAGCUGAACAAGGCAAUGGAGAAGGUGGACGCGCAGAUUGCCGCAGCAGGUCGAUCUACCCCGGCUUUAGCGCCUCAUGUCAAAGUCCAGAUCGUCCAAACCAGUAUCUUCGAGGUGGCUCUGCGGAUUGUAGAGUAUUUCCAGCCUGAAACCUCCGCGUUGACUUCACAAACAUCCGCCAGAGCCGGAUCCAGAGAUGACCCGUCAUUGACCCACGAUCUCUCACGCGCUGCUCACGACGCAGUGCGAAACAUGAAGGGAAAGCACGAGCUCGCUUCCCUUCUUGUCGGGCCGGUUGCAGUGCUUUCUAUCCCCCACAUGUCGCCCGAACACCUGAAGGCCGCUAUGUCCAUUCUUGCUCCCAAAUCCUUUGGUUAUCCCGCCCCUACCCGAAAGGCGAACCCGUCAUGGCAUGAAUUCCCUGUGCAGAACGGCCUCAACAAAUUGAGCGUACUCGCCGCUCGCAUGGAUGAUAAAGUGUUUGAUGUCGACCAAACGAAAUGGGUUGGAAGCAUUGAGGGUGGUAUGGAUGGACUGCGGUCGCAACUCAUCAUGGCCUUGCAGAGCAUGGGAUCUAGCAUUACUAAUGCUCUGGAUGGAGCUAGCAGGAGCAUUUACUUUACUCUUGAGAGCAGGAGAAGUGUGUUGGAGGAUGAGCAGAAAGGUGCAUCGGGUGAGAACAAGAGCGAUUCUUAAAUCGAUAUAGCACAAAGGCUGUCUUGCAUUUUCAUGUAUAAUAACUACUUGUAUUUUUUUUUCUACUUUAUUUCCUCCUUGAUAAAGAUCAUGAUUCCUUUAGAGCUUGAAGUGCUUUUCCCCUUGUUUAUAAAAAAAAAACUCUUGGGGGCUUUUUUCAAGGUUUCUACACCUGACGGCAGAGGCA